ACACACACACACACCCCUAUCCCCGUUUUAUGGUACCGCGAUAACAAGUUGCCGGGAGUGAAAAGCGUUGGGUUUGUUUCAUGGCGGUAGUGAGGAGGACGUUGAAAUUGAAAAGCCGCUCCUGACUGCGGCAGGGUCAUAAUAAAGGUAGUUUGAGCACCUCAAUUCGCAAUUCGCAGAAAUAUAAUUGAAAUUAUUAAUAUGAUCAAAUAUGGCAUCCUAUUUGGCACAAGAAAUUCAGCUUGCUAAGCAGCAUGAAAAAAUACUCUCUCGGAGAUUGGUGUUGCUUCAGCAGAUGGAGAGUCAUCUAAGAGACAAAGACGCUGAGCAGGCAUGGCACACGCAAGAAGCUGAUGCAGCUCAUAAAAGAAAUGUAUCACUUUUAAAUGAUAUUGAGGCAGCAGCGAAAAAUCUACAAUCCAGAGAGCACCUGCUUCUCCACCCUGAAAUUGUUAACCUUGAAACUCUUUACUGGGCCAAAGUAGAAGAAUCCAUCCCUAAGUGGGAGCCAUUUUUUUUAGGAAGAACACAAGCCCCAAUUGGUUUUAAAAAAAAAUCACAUCAACAAUUCAGCACAUAAGAUCAGUACCAAGAUAAAUAGGAAACAAAAAUGGAACCAUGUCCAUGGGGGAAUUUAUUCAAGCUUCAGAUUGGUGGAUUGUUAAAUAAUUCUUUUAAAUAUUUGUUGGGUAAGAUACUCAAUUCUAAAUCUGCAUUGAAGAGUUCUUCCCUAAAGGCCUGUUAGCUACAUGGAAGUGACUUUGAUCUCAAAUAUGAACAACACAGUGCAGGAUGUACACUCCACUGUUCAGUUACUCAGUUAAGAUGAGAAAUAAUAUAAUCUGUUACUUGUCCUUCACUUUUGCUAGGGAGAGAUGCCUUUUUCCCAAUAAAAUUAUAGAAAGUACUAACUUGCCUUAUUGUCCCAUAAAAGGAUUUUCUUAAUGACAUGUAUAGAUCAUCGAUAUGUAGCAUAGACUUAAGGACUCAGUAGAAAAUUGGAUGAUGAAGACUCAAAUAGGACCCAUUGAAUUUGCACAUCCUCUAGGUCAGUGGUGUCAAACUCGCAUCGUCACGGCAUCAUCACAUGAUGUUUUGGGACUUUCUUCCCCUUCGCUAAACCGGGCAUGGGCGUGGCCAGUGCGUGACGCAUCCGUCCCACGGGCCACUAGUUUGACAGUCCUGCUCUAGGUUAUUCUGUGUCAGAUUUGGAUGGAAAUACAAAUUCUAUGACCAAAUAUUAGAGUGCUCUCUUAGAAUAUUUCAGGUUGAAUCAAGCUUACAAUUUGAUUUUGUAGGCUUGUUAGACUUAUCCAACUUUGGGUUUGGAAUUAAUUGUUAAUCAUUCAACAACAUGCUCUAAUAUCAGAUUGUGGAGUUAUUUUGUUAAAAUAAAUAUUUAGAGCAAAUGUAUCUUGAAAUACAAGGGACGCGGUGGCUCAGUGGCUAAGACACUGAGCUUGUCGAUCAAAACAUUGGCAGUUCAGCGGUUUGACUCCGUAGUGCCACGUAACGGGGUGAGCUCUUGUUACUUGUCCCAGCUUCUGCCAACCUACCAGUUCGAAAGCACAUAAAAAAUGCAAGUAGAAAAAUAAGGACCACCUUUGAUGAGAAGGUAACAGUGUUCUGUGCACCUUUGGUGUUUAGUCAUGCCGGCCACAUGACCACGGAGACGUCUUUGGACAGCUCUGGCUCUUCAGCUUUGAAACGGAGAUGAGCACCGCCCCCUAGAGUUGGGAACAACUAGCACAUAUGUGCGAGGGGAACCUUUACCUUUAUCUUGAAAUUACUUGCACAAGCCCUUCAUUUUAUACAUUUUCUAUAGCUAAAAGCAAGGGAAUAUACUUAACGAGUUACUAUGUAUUUAUUCUUUCUGAAUUGUGAUGUUAGGGACACAGAUUUCUGGUUGUCAGGUGAGCAUCUUAAAAAUGAUACCUGGUAGGUAGGAAGCAUGGAGGGCCUUAGAGCUAAAAUUUAAGGGAAAUAUAAGAUUCCUUUUUAUUUAGGAUUAGGACCUUCAUCUGUACCAGUAAACACUACCAAUAACAAAACUGAGUAAUUAAGCAGCGCAUUGACACUUUGAAACUUUGGUUUUGAAGAAGACUCCGGAGAAUACCAUAGACAGUCAAGAAAAUAAACCAAUGGAUCAGCAAACAAAGCAAUCCAGAGUUCUCGCUUGAGGCACACAUUACCAGGUUCAUACUAUUCUAAUUUGGGCCUAUUAUGCAACAAUCUAUCUCUUUGGAGAAGGCUCUCAUGCUAGAAAUGGAGGAAGUGAAGAGAAGAAGACAACAACCAGGAGCAAAAUGGUUGGACUCAAUUGCAGUGGUGGUGACUACAUUGUUGGAACACCUAAAAGACCACGUCAAAGACAGAUCGUGGAGAAAAUCUUGUGUUGCUGCUAAGAGUUGCAAAUGACUUGCUGGCACAUAAUCGGUAAUUCCUAUGCUUUUAUCAUUAGUAGUAACGUGAGCAUCACAUCACCAGUCACUAUAAUUGGAGCCAAAUACCAGACUUUGAGAAGAUUUCCAAGAAAUAAAUACCUUUGAACAUCUA